UGGGGGCUCAAUACAAGCCUUCACUUCAAAGCAACUAUUGUCCUCAUUUUAAGACUCUUGCUAAAUAAGCAACUUGGAUUCUUUCUAAUCACAUAAAUUCCAAAAUUCCUUUUAUUUAUUUUCAUUUCCAACUCUUUUUUUCAACCAAAAAAUUUGGAAAAAACAAAAACAAAUAUAUCAAUCUUCUUCAUUUUGUUGGUCCACAUUCCAAUUUCCACAUGUAUUCUCAAAACAUACCCAUUUAGCAUUUACAAUAGUUUGUUGAUUAUCCAACACAAAUUUACAUUGUCUUCAAUUAAAAUCAACUACCCUUUUGAUAAUAUUCAUCAAGAUUCUUCCUUUUUUCAUUUCCCAAAACAAAUAAUUUGUUUUUAGAUCCUUUAAAUAUUUGUUUGGCUAGAAAAAUCCCAUUAAAAAGAUGUCAGCUUCUCUAUCUAUUAGGCCCACAAACCCGGGUUUUCAUCGGGCUUUAGCACAACCUAGUUGGACUAAACGCUGUUGGGCCGUCUCUAUACCCUCCCGGCGUUCUUUACCAUCAAUCACCGUGGUUCGUGCCGGGUCACGGGCUGAUGAUUCGGCGCCGUUUGGUAUGUCGGUGGAGAAUGCUUUGAAGCUUUUGGGUGUCUCAGAAGGAGCAUCUUUUGAUGAAGUUUUGAGGGCAAAAAACAAAAUUUUAGCCACUUGUAAAGAUGACCCUCAAACUGUUGCUCAGAUAGAAGCUGCAUACGAUAUGUUGCUCAUGAAAAGUUUAACACAGCGUAGAGCUGGAAAAGUUGUGAACAACAGCAUUCGCUUUGCUGAUGUCCAACCUGCCAACACUCAGGGUACAGGAACUAUGCCUCAAUGGCUUCAAUCGACAAUGAAGAGUCCUCUUGUUGUGGUUGAAAAGCCGCCUGUGUCAGACCUUGGAGUUCAAGCUGGUGUUUAUGGUGCUAUGAUGGCUUUGACUUAUAUUAAUGGAGCGUCGUCAUCUUCUGCGGGAGCUGUGGCUGGUGCAGAUGUUCCUGGAUUUAUACUGGCCACCAGUUUCGGAGCAUCCUUGUACUUCAUGACUAAAAGAAACGUAAAAUUAGGGAAAGCCACUCUGAUCACAGCAGGAGGACUUGUUGCUGGAGCAGUAGUCGGUUCAGCUGUCGAAAACUGGCUUCAAGUAGAUAUCGUUCCUUUCCUCGGUCUGCACUCUCCAGCCGCUGUUAUCAGUGAAUUUAUCAUCCUCUCUCAGUUUUUGGUCUCUCUAUAUCUUAGGUAGGCUCUAAUAGAGUUGUAUAUCUUGCAGUCAAAAUUAAAGACUUGUAGUUUUUUCUUCAUUAAAUCUUUGCAUUUUUAGGAUGUCUAGUUCAUGUUAUGUACAAAUGAAAUAUAUAAAUAGCAGAAUUUUCAUUUAUUUGAAGUAAAUACUGUGAAAGUCUCGCCUAUUAUGCACUUUUGUGCAUAAAGUGUGGCAUCAUGAGUUAUAUAUACGUAUCUUUAAAUCGAAGAAA